AUGUCGAAAGCCCUUGCGCCGCGCAAGCUUUGGCAACAUGCCGACCCAUCGCAGACAAACAUGGACAAAUUCCGCCGGCGCGUGAAUGCGACGAGAGGGCUGAAUCUGCGAAACUUUGCAGACCUACACGCAUGGUCGACAAAUCCUCAGACCGCGCCUGACUUCUGGGUCGAGCUGUUCCAGUAUGAACAGAUAAAGCCCGGCGUUGUGCCUACGAAGGCGAUGGAACGGAUUAAUCUUGCCAUGUACCCCCCGCCCGAGUUCUUUCCCCACGUCCGCAUGAACUUUGCAGAGCAUUUGUUGGACAUCGAGACGCUGAACAAGGUCGCACUGUACGCGGUUUCGGAGGGAUGCGAGGUCAUCAGCCGGUGA